UUGGUCAGGGUUUGUUUCUCAUUGACUAGAGUCUCGUUGUUUUUGGUCAGAUUCCGAAUCUCAUUUGUCAGAGGGAGUUUCUCACCGUACAGAGUCUGGUUCUCUUUGCUCAUGUUUUGGUUGUUUUUUCUCAGAGUCUGAAUCUCACUGGUCAAAAUCACAUUCUCAUUAUACAGACUCUGGUUCUCAUUGGUCAGAGUCUGGUUCUCAUUGGUCAGAGUGUUAUUCUUGUUGGUCAGGGUCAGGUUCUCAUUGGUCAGAGUCUGGUUCUUCAUCACCUCAGUCUUUAGUUUGUCAGAGAGCUGGUCAGCUUUGGCCUUUUCGUCACUGAGUUCCUGCUCAUUUAGUUGUUCAGAGAGCUGUAGCUCCUCCCACAGGUCGUCCAACUGCAGUUGAUGAUGUGAACCCUCCCUCAGCCCCUUACACUCUGCCUCGAUGUGGUGGACACCAUCAUCCAGGUCCCCCACCAGUUGAUAUAGGUACUUCAGACACUGUUUGGCGUCCAUGUCUCUGUUGUCCAUGGUCAUGCAGCCACAGAUUUGUCUAAAAGUCAGUGUUUAACAGCAGCUGUUGACAGGAAGUUGUCAUCAGUGACGUUCACACCACUUUCCCUCUGCCUCAGCCUGGUCGUUGGUCAGUUAGUUGGAUUGGUGACAUUUCAGUAGUGAAACAGUUUCCUGCUCAGCUGUUCCCUGUCCACGUGAAUCCUAUAUUGUUGCAUUACUGCCACCUGUUGAUCAAACAGGACAGACAGCAUUUAGAAACACCUGCUGACACCACAGUGAUGCAGCUUUGAUGUUGACGAUGUUGUGACUUUCAUCUGCUGAUGAUCCAGGCUUCAGUUCAUCGAGAGUUUGGGCAUCACUAAUCUGAGUACUGUUGUGGUGAUUAAUUGUUUCUUUUGCUCAAAAGACUCAAAAUGUGGCGAUUCUUUAUUAUUGUGAACAUAGUGGCUAACUAGCAUUCUGUCCACUCCACAUUCUAAUAUUUAAAGACGAAGCUGAAAACCACAUUCAAAUAGCAGUGAACAGUGCCCUCUGUCAGCAUGGACCUCAGAUCUCCCGCAGCAGAGGAAGUUCAAGACCAUGAGUCUCCUUGGUUACAGUCCAGUCAAUGCUGGUGUCACAGAAAGAAGCAAGGACCAGGAGGGUCACUGCUGUGGGGAACGUGUUGGUGUUACCACAGACCAAGGGGACAGACGUGAACUGAUGCUGCAUGUCAGGAACACGUCAGUGCUGAACCAACGUCAUGGUCCCAGAGUCUCCAUCCCCUCUAGAUCUUCUGGACCCUGCCCCCUCAUGGUCAGAUCCAGGAUUGUAGAGAGAAACCCUGCAGUCGAGAGUGUCUCUGGACACAUGGACCAUCAGCAGGACAUGAUCUGUCGUGGGGAACUACAACUAGGAACCAGGCUUGGAGACAGAAUCUCACUGAUCCUAGACACCGCUCGGACCACCAGCCUGCUGGACAGGAUGUUUGGUUCUGAACAGUACAAUGAACUCACGUGGCCAAAUGAGAAGGUCAUUGAUGACAUCACUGAUGAUAUCAGUUCAACAGUCUUCAGAGCAAUCCUUAAUUCCCAAAGCUCUGGAAUUAUACAUUUUCCUGAUGGACCUUGUCCUCCAGAGCUGCAGAAGACGCUGCAACGUUUCUGCAUUCACAUCAAUCACAGCAACGUUGGGAAUUUAGGUUCCCUGAUGCACAAAGAAUUAAACCAAGGAGCCCGACGUCAGUUUGAGCGCUACCUUGAGGAAAUGGUGCUCCCCCUCAUGGUUGCGAGUGCUCAGAGUGGGGAGAGGGAGUGUCACGUGGUGGUCCUAAUGGACCAUGAUGUAGUGGACUUAGAGGAGUGUGCGCCUCCAAUGGCAGAGGAGAAUCUGCAGAUCCUCCACAGUACCAAACUGUACCAGUUCUUCAAGUUCAUGGAGAACCGAGUUGUGGCCAAAUCAGUUCUGAAGGAACGAGGACUUAAGAAGAUUCGACUGGGAGUUGAAGGUUACCCCACCUGUAAGGAGAAGAUUCAGUGUGGUCCCGAAGGAGGUCCAGGGGUGGUCUACACCUGUGUUCAGCGGCCCUUUAUCAGGGUGUCCUGGGAGAAGGAGGAAGAGAAGAGUCACCAUGGGGACUUUCAGUGUGCCCAGUCCAAGUCAGAAACCAGGACCAGGAAUGACCAACUGUUAGUCCUGGAACUGCCUGUGGAACAGCUAGGUUCACUGCAAUCCCUCGUCAUCACUCCCCACCAGCAGGUGGUGCUGGAGAUGUGCCAGGACAGCAGUGACGAUGCUCAGCCAGAAUGUACAGCUCAGGACCACAUUAUACAGGAUGAGGAGCAGAACCACGUCUAGGACUGUUCAAGAACUAGUAUCGUCAGUAGAAACCAGCAACCAGCAGCAGAAAGAGUCGGACCAUCGUCCUGAAUGGACCAAACUAGAAUCAGCAACAAACCCAGACCUGACAUUUUCUUCUGCAGACUGGGUCUAGGACUAGAGCCCAGACCAAAUUUGACAUCGCCCCCUGGAGAUGAAGCACAGCAGCAAGACUAAGAUGCCAGGGCCAGAAUCAGAGACCCCUGAGACCCCGCUUGACAAAAAUGCACUCGAGUCCAGACCUGUGGUCACCAUCAGACUGAGAGGAACACUAUCCUCUACUGUUAGUUCUCAUUAUUCCAACUCAUGUCUUUACACCUAGCAGGCUAAUAUCAUGCAGGUCAGCUAAUACCAGGUAACACCUUAAUAUUAGCUCUUCAAAAGGCUAUCAUCUGAAACAAGAUAACAAAGGGCUGGUAUUAGCUAACAGGGGUUGCACAGGAAUACUGACCUCUAAACACAGUGUAAAACUGCUGCUUUAAUAAACAAGCUAGCCCAUUAGCUUAGCCACUUUGGGGCAUUGAUCUACUGAAGAACUAGAGAAGCACUUCAGUGACAACCAUGACUAACAUGUUGACAUGGGUCACAUAACCUUUCAGCAGCCUCAACAAACAUAUGAACAUAAUCAAAUAUUCCUUCGGUAAUGACACUUUAGCUACAGUAGCAAAGAACACUGCGGUGACCACGACAGCUUAUAAGACAUCUGGUCACCUGACCUAGAAGUAGAGAUGCACAAACAAGGACAGCAAGUGUCCAUGCCAGCUAAAUGCUAAGAUGAAUUAGCUAAGAGACUAACAGAUACUGUAACAUCUGUGAGCACUGGAGCACAAAGCUUUUUCAUCACACCAUAAGUUAGCACAUAUAUAUUGAAAUAUUUCAUUUGACCAGUUGACGCUGGUCAGCUAAUUUGUAACACACACAACUCGAAGAAGCACAGACGCCGCACAAAAGCAAUAAGAUAACCUACGUGUGUUAGCAUCAAUCAGUACCUUCAGCUAAUACAGGUCAGCUGAUCGAUUUGCAGUACAAGUACAAAUAAAUCAUACAAAGGGCCAAUGAGCAAAUGUGUUAACAGGUGGCACGUUAGCCUGUUGUCUCAGUGUGAAUACAGGGGUCGCUCUUUCACCUUUCCCACCAACAUCCUGCCCAUCUUUUCUUUCCUCUCCCUUUCCUCCUCCUACACAUCUCACACCAGCUUGUCUUUAUCCUUCUCCACCGUCUUUUUUUUCUUUCUGUCAAUUUUCUCGUUUUUUUACCCUUCCCUUCAAUCUUCUUUUUUCUUCCAGCUCAAGUCUUUCUCCUAUUACUCAGUCCUGGUCCAUUUUCAUCAACCCACGCCUCUUCCAUUUUCACUUUGGUUUCCUUCCUGUUGCCUUUUUUGUUCUGUAUAUUUUUUUCCAUCUCUCUCCUCCUUUUCUCUCUCAUCUCACAGUUGGAACAGCAGCAGUUUUAUCUGGUAACACUUUAUUUCUGUGAUGGUGUCUGCUGUUUACACCUCCCACAUACAAGCGUGUGUUGAACUAAGUUUUUCUAAAUAAAACCUCUUCAUAAGAGAA